GGGGGGGUUCCUUCUCCAGACAUGCUCCCUGAGGCAAGCUCACUGUGGCUGCUGCGGCUGCUCCGGGACACCCAGCUCCCCCAGUUUUACCGGCCCAUCCUCGAGGAGCUGAAUGUCACUCAGCCAGAGCACUUCGACUUUGUGAGGCCCGAGGACCUGGACAGCAUCGGCAUGGGUCGGCCUGCACAGCGCAGACUGGCUGAAGCGCUGAAGAGGCACCGUGCAGGGCACAAGCCCAAGAACUGGGUCUACAAGAUCCUUGGGGGCUUUGCCCCUGAACAGAAGGAGACCUCCUCCCUCGCAGACAACCCCGGGUCCCUCCCAGAGCUGGAGGGGGGACUCAAGUGUCUGAUCCCGGAUGGCGCUGUGUGCAGGGGGGAGUUGCUGGGCUCUGGCUGCUUCGGGGUGGUGCAUGGAGGGCUCUGGAAGCUGCCCAGUGGCCAGAGUAUUCCAGUGGCCAUCAAGUCCCUCAGGAUUGGUCCUGAAGGCCCCGUGGGCACAGAGCUGGGGGACUUCCUGCGAGAGGUAUCAAUCAUGAUGAACUUGGAGCAUCCAAAUGUGUUGCGUCUGCAUGGCCUCGUAUUGGGCCAGCCUCUGCAGAUGGUGAUGGAGCUGGCUCCACUGGGCUCCCUCCACGCACGCCUGACCACGCCGGCCCCUACACCCCCGCUGCCAGUGACCCUACUGUGCCGUUACCUGCGGCAGCUCGCAGGGGCCAUGGUGUACCUCGGGGCCCGCGGACUGGUGCACCGAGAUCUUGCAACGAGAAACCUGUUGCUGGCUUCACCACACACCAUCAAGGUGGCCGAUUUUGGAUUGGUGCGGCCACUGGGCGGCGCCCAGGGACGCUAUGUCAUGGGCGGGCCUCGCCGGAUCCCCUUUGCCUGGUGUGCUCCGGAAAGUCUGCGCCACGGAGCUUUCUCCACUGCUUCAGAUGUGUGGAUGUUUGGGGUGACGCUAUGGGAGAUGUUCUCCGGGGGUGAGGAGCCUUGGGCUGGGGUCCCACCUUAUCUCAUCCUACAGCGGCUGGAAAAGGAACGAGCUCGGCUCCCCAGGCCUCCCCUGUGCUCCAGGGCCCUCUAUGCCCUCGCACGGCGUUGCUGGGCCCUCCAUCCUGCCGACCGGCCUAGCUUUUCCUACCUGGAGGAGUUGCUCCAAGAGGCCUGGCCUCCUGAGGGACGCUGUGUCAAAGAAGUCACAGAGCCAGGUGCCCUGAGGAUGGAGCCUGGUGACCCUGUCACCAUCAUUGAGGGCAGUGCCGAUUCCACAACCUGGAAGGGCCAAAAUGGUCGCACUCUCAAAGUGGGCAGCUUCCCAGCCUCGGCAGUGACGCUGGCAGAGUCCAGGGACUUCCCAGCCAGCCGCCCAGCCCUCAGAAGCAGCCCUGGCCAGGGAGAGCAACGCCGGGGAAGCACAGAGAGGGGGGACCGAGCAAAGGCAAAGCUUCAGGAAGUACCUCAGACCCAGGGCCAGAGAAGAAAUAUGGCCUUGAAGGGGAUGAAAGGCAUUUCUAAGAGUCUGGAGUCGGUUCUGUCCCUGGGUCCCCGCCCCACAGGGGGUGGCUCAAGCCCCCCUGAACUUCGGCAUCCCAGGGCUGUGCCCCAGAAGCCAUCAGGCCUGCCACCCUGCCCUACUUUCGCUGCCGCCAACUCUUCUCACCAGGCCAGCCCAACCAGUAGAGAACGACCUCCUUGCCUCAAACAAGAAUUUGCACAGAGUCACCCCAAGAGAGCACCAAGAGCCAGCAAGGCCACUGUUCCCUCGGGAGGCCCCUUGCCUGACUCUGAGUUACAGAGGAGAAUUGCAGAGGUGGAGCUGAACGUGCAUGGAGUCACCCACCAGGAGUGCCUGUCAGCGCUCAGGGCCACCAGGGGAGAUGUGGCGUCUGCCAUUCAGAACCUUAAGGUGGACCAGCUCUUCCACCUGAGCACCCGGUCGAAAGCUGACUGCUGGCGCAUCCUGGAGCAUUACCACUGGGACCUCUCCGCUGCCAGUCGCUAUGUCCUGGCUCGGCCCUGAACUCUGCUGCCUUAGGCAUGAGCACUAGGAAAGGAAAUCACGGCCAUGCAGAACCUGCAAGGGACUUAAGCAGCACCACAGCAAGGU